AUGUUCAGCGUACAGCCAAAUCGUAAUAAAAUUGCCUUGUUCACGAAUAUAAAGCUCUAUCAACUCAGGAUCACUGUAUAUGUACGCAGACAAUACUACGGUCUAUUGUACAGGGGAAAUUGCAGACACAGAUAUUGCACAGUUAAAUGCAGCGCUGCAAGAGUUACAUGCAUGGUGCCUUAACAAUCUUUCAACACUUCAUCCAUGGAAUUGGAAUAUUAUAAAUUUUAAAUUUUAUCGCUUUACUAUAUAGUAACUUAAACAUAUGUUUUAAUUAUACGUGUAUUUAAGUUUGGUAUUUCAUAUCUUGUUAUAUAUCUAAAACUUUUAAUUUAACUUUGUAGUUAUUUUAUUUUAUGCUCGACCCCACAAGCUACUAGCUUUAACUACUAAUAAAAGUUUGUCGUAUCGUAUCGUAUCAUUCAGGCAAGAGUGAGGUUAUGUUACUCAGUAAAGGAACCCCAAUGGGACCGAUAGCUCUUGAGCUAUUAGGAAACUCAAUUCUUACGUGGGUUACGAAAGCACGCUUGCUGGGCUUAACAGUUGACCAGAACUGAACUUGCUAAAACGGUACAGAUUUCUCCCAGGAGACAUAUUGAAAGAAUUUUAUUUUAAAGUAAUUUUGACUUCUGAAAAUUGGGUUUAGUUCUGUGAGGAUCUUGAAGUAAUUCUGAUAUAUUCGGUUCAACAGAAAGACUACACUGCAGGGCAGUAA